ACUCGUGCUGCGCUUGUAAAUCCGCCCUUCCCCGGUAUCACGGGUCCUUAAAUUACAGCGAGGCCCGGCCUCUUUCUCCAGAGCUCAGCCUCUUACUGGGCCGCUUCCUGUCUCCGAGUUCCGAGCACUUUCGGCUUCCUCUUCUGCAUGACCAGUCACGCAGACAAUGGCGUCUCCACAGCAAAGUAAACCGAAUAAUCCUAGAGGUGCCAGAGGAAGCUCCCGUUCCCCAGUGCUUCCACCUAGCACAGCCCCCACACGGAAACCGGUAAAGAAGGGCCCCCACUCCUCACCUCAGAGUCUACAGGAAGUGAAGAAGGCUAACCGAUUAAGGCGGACCCCCGAGAGAGAACUUUGUGAUCAGUUACAGGGUCUGGACCUAGGUAGGGAGCAGACUGUAGAAGGAACAGGACUGGUGUAUGAUGAGCAUAUGACUCUGCCCUACUGUCUCUGGGAUAGCAAUUUUCCUGAGUGCCCAGCUCGCCUACUUGCUGUAAAUGAAAAGCUGAAGGAGUACAAGUUGAUAGAAAGAUGUGUGCCAGUGCCUGCACGAGAAGCUACCGAUAAGGAGAUCCUGCUUGUUCACAGUCCACAGUUCCUAGAGCUAAUGAAAUCUACACAGAAUAUGAAUGAGGAGCAGCUCCAUACUCUGUCUGAUCUUUAUGACUCAGUUUACCUGCACCCAAGUUCGUUUGCUGCUUCCUGUUUAGCUGCUGGCUCAGUGCUGCAGCUGGUAGAUAACAUUUUGAGUGGGAAGAUACGCAAUGGAAUGGCAGUUAUAAGGCCCCCUGGACAUCACGCCCAUAUUGACCAGAUGAAUGGCUACUGUAUGUUUAACCAGCUGGCUAUUGCUGCCAGAUAUGCCCAGUUCACCCAUGGGAUAAGGAGGGUACUGAUUGUAGACUGGGAUGUUCACCAUGGGCAGGGGACACAAUUCAUUUUCGAAAGUGACCCAAGUGUCCUGUAUUUCUCACUUCACCGUUAUGAGGAUGGCAGGUUCUGGCCUCAUCUUGCUGAGUCAUCCAGCUCCUCUGUUGGGAAGGAGCAGGGUUCCGGGUUCACCAUCAAUGUGCCCUGGAACAAGACUGGAAUGACAGAUGCAGAUUAUAUUGUGGCGUUCCUACAGCUUCUGUUACCAGUCUGCUAUGAGUUCAACCCUCAGUUGGUGUUGGUGGCAGCUGGAUUUGAUUCUGUAAUGGGAGACCCUAAGGGAGAAAUGUCUGCUACUCCUGCAUGUUUCGCACAUCUCACACACCUGCUCAUGUCAUUGGCUCAAGGAAGACUCAUACUGUCUCUUGAGGGUGGCUACAACCAACGCUCUUUGGCAGAAGGAGUCUGUGCAUCACUGAAGAUCCUGCUUGGUGACCCCUGUCCAAACCUUUCCUUGCCUUGCAGCCCCUGCCAAAGUGCUCUGAAUUCUGUCUCUGAAGCCAUUGUUGCUCACAGCAAGUUCUGGAAGUAUCUACAGGAUUGGGAGAAAAAAGAUGAACCUACAGAGUUGGGAAGAGCUGAAGGUCAACCCAGAGACGGGAUGAUUGGUGUAGACUUGCCCAACUUCCCCACAGAGUUAGAUGGAUCGCCCAAUAAGGUAGAGAGCAGGACAGAUACUCCAGCUGUUCCAAGAAAAGACGACAAUCAAGCCUCAAGUAAUUUCGAUAAUUUGAUGGACACCGUAAUGCGUGACGUGAUGCGCGUCUUGCCAGUGAAACGCACUGGGCUUGUGUAUGAUCAGCGCAUGAUGGAGCAUUAUAACUUGUGGGACAGUCAUCACCCUGAAUUGCCUCAGCGUAUAUCUCGCAUAUAUAAUCGCCACAAAGAAUUGGGGCUAUUGAAGCGCUGCAUUCAUCUCCCCUCCCGAUUGGCUUCACAGAAAGAGCUGCAGAUGUGCCACAAUUUUACAUAUAUUCAGAAGAUGGAGAAGACUGCGCAUAUGAAACCGCGAGAUCUGCAUAGGUUGGGCUCUGAGUACAACUCCAUUUACAUUAAUGACAAAUCUUACAACAGUGCUUGCCUGGCUGCUGGAUCUGUGUUUAGUGCAGUUGAAGCAGUGAUCAAUGGAGAGGUACAAAAUGCAGUGUGUAUAGUGCGCCCCCCCGGUCACCACGCAGAAAAGGCUUUUGCCUGCGGAUUUUGCUUCUUUAACACUGUGGCACUCGCAGCUCGUUAUGCACAAAGUCUUCAAAGCCCCUCUGAUCCCCCACUAAGGGUGAUGAUUCUCGAUUGGGACGUUCACCAUGGAAACGGCACACAACAUAUCUUCCAGGAAGAUGCAAGUGUGCUAUACGUGUCCAUCCAUCGAUAUGAUCACGGUCUCUUUUUCCCAUGUUCUGAGGAUGCUGCACAUGAUAAGGUCGGUACUGGUCAGGGAGAGGGAUUCAAUGUGAACAUCCCCUGGAAUGGUGCAAAGAUGGGCGACCCAGAGUAUCUAAUGGCUUUUCACAGAGUAGUGAUGCCCAUUGCCUAUGAGUUUAACCCACAGCUGGUUCUGGUAUCUGCUGGUUUUGAUGCUGCCCGCGGAGAUCCUCUUGGAGGUUGCCAGGUAACCCCUGAAGGUUACGCCCACAUGACGCACCUCCUGAUGGGGUUAGCAGGGGGUAGAGUGGUGGUGGUACUUGAGGGAGGAUAUAAUCUCACUUCCAUCUCUGAGUCUAUGGUCAUGUGCACCCAAACCCUUCUCGGUGACCCUCCUGCCUUCAUAUUAGAAAGGCGCCCCCUUCGGGUGUCAGCCCUGCGUUCAUUCCACAAUGUGCUGAAUGUGCAACGUCAAUACUGGCAUGGCUUGCGCCUUAAUGUUACAGUAAAGUCCUCCCAUCUUGAAAGUACAGAAGAUCAAACAACCCCAAGCAAAAACAUUCGUAGAAAGAGUAGGACAGUAGAAAGUACUGGGCCGUCACCCCACAAACCUGUAACUACAGCAGAUAUGGGCAACACAGGUGCUGUGGCACUGACAUCUAAGCAUGUGGAACCAGAACACAGUUUUGAUGCCCCACCAUCUGUGACACCGGAAAAGGAUAACUCAGCAUCUCUUUGUCUACAGAAUAAUGUAGCCAAUGAGCUAGUGAGGAAAGUUGAGACUCCUGAGAGAAUUCCACUUGAGGGGCUUGAAAGGGAGGGAGAGACUCUAAAGAAUGUUCUACAUGAGGAUAUUGAGAGGGAGAAUCCUGAAUGCAUGUCACAAAAAAAGCCAGACAAUGAUGACGAGAUUCUUCAAGGCAACUUACAUGAGAUAUGUGCAAGUGAUACACCCAGACAUCUCCAUCACCAUGAGAAGCAGAGCCCUAGAAGCCCUUCACAUCAGAGGCUCUCAGAACAUUACCAACAUGAAGAACUUAGAGAGGGAGAGACUACCUUACAUGAUCUCAUGAGAAAGUGCCCUAUUCAUAAUCCAUAUGUACAAAUUGUGAGCAAGGAUUGUGUGUGUCAGUCACAUCAGGAUACUGUAACAAAUAGGGAGACUCUUGAGGUUUCACAACAUGCACUGAUCAGCUUGACAGAUAAGGAAGCUCACAAGCACUUGGUGUAUGAAAGGACUGAGGUGAAGGGUGAGACAGCUGAGCAGGACCUGCCCAGAGCAGCAAGUCCCUCAGAACAACUUUUAGAUUUCAAACAUUUGCAACUGGGUGAUGAGAUGGACAACAGCUCCUUAGUCAUCUCACUAGAGGACACGUCACCUUGGGAGGGAGCUAGAAGAGAAGCCGUUCUCUGUAAGGGAGGUGAAACGAGAGACAAAGUUGCCAAUAGAUGUGAAAAAACAAGUGAGGAGACACAGAUGAGACUAGACCUCCAAAAUGAUGACAAACUAUUGUCAGAAGCAGCUGGCGGUUGUGACACUACGUUGCCCAGUACACUGUGCCAAAUCUUUGUGGAUCCAUUGCUGGGGGAUUCUGAGACAGGAUUUGCAGUGUUGCCAUUGUCCUGGUGUCCCCACUUGACAUCUGUGCGUGAAGUGCCAACCGGCGGUCUCAAUGUAUCACAGCCAUGUGCUGAGUGCAAUACCCAGCUGGAAAAUUGGGUCUGUCUCACUUGUUAUCAGGUGCUGUGCGGGCGAUAUGUCUCUAAACAUAUGCUCUUACAUGGUGUCACAUCUGGACACAACCUUGUCCUCAGCUUUUCAGACAUUUCAGUUUGGUGCUAUGGCUGUGAGUCCUAUGUACAUCAUGAGGUGUUGCUCCCAGCUAAAUGUUCUGCCUAUUAUGACAAAUUUGGUGAAGAAAUGACAAUUAUAUGAUGUCCCAUCCAGAAUCCUUUGCUUCAGCCUGAUUAACUGCAAAGCUCUUUAAUUAAGACUGCAAAAACGUCUAUGGAUGAAAAACUGACCAUCUCUAUAGAAACGGAACAAACACAUCUAGUGAUCAUGAGAUACUGACAACCUCUGAUGCUCAGACUAUAACAAUCAAACAUUGUACCGUCCAGCUCUAAAUGUGUCUCUGUUAACCCUUUAAUCAAAUAUUUAAACAUUCAAAAUAUUUAAACAUUCAAAAUAUUUAAACAUUCAAAAUAUUUAAACAUUCAAAAUAUUUAAACAUUCAAAAUAUUUAAGCAUUCAAAAUAUUUAAACAUUCAAAAUAUUUAAGCAUUGUCUUUCAUUUUGUAUAAUACAAAACGUUUUACCAAAA